AUGGUCUCCCUCUGGCCAUUCAAGGGCGAAGACUCCUCCCCAGCCUUCUUCGAAAAAACCCUCUCCACCCUCUCCGAGAAAAUCACCCGCGCAACCACCCGCCUCGACCUUCACCGCCAGCACGCCCGGCGCUUCAAGGCCCUCUGGACCCUCUACACCACCUUCGUUUACCUCCUCUACUCGAUUAUCCUCGCGCUUGUGCUCGGGUGGCAGAAUUGGGGGGUCAAGGAAUAUGCGGCGAUUGUUGGGGGGCCUGUUGUAAUCUACAUCGUCCGAGCCGGCGGCGCCAGAUACUACGAAUACCGAAUCAACAAUACGCAGCGAUAUCUGGAGAACCUGAACAAGCAGCGCGACGAGACGAUUGAGAAGCUGAAGGUCGCGACAAAGUACAACUCCACGCAGCAGCUGCUCGAGAAAUACGCCGGCGACUCACCGAAACAGCGGGGGAAGAGCGGCGACCAGAAACCGAAAAGUGAAGCGGGGAAACGAAAGCCUUCCCAACCGCAACAACCCUCGGAGCAGCGCACGGGCAUCCCGCCACCUCCCACUGCGAAUAUCCGUCGCCCGACGGCGCAGUCUCCGCCACAACAGCCUUCCUCUCCUUACCCGCCGCAGCAACAGCACAGUCCACAGUUACCGCCAAACCUGAAUGCACCCCUACCACCUGUACCACAAUCCGGUCCCCCCGGCCUCGACGAGCCAGGCUUCGCGCCAAACGCCUUCUCCGCACCGCAGCAGUACAUCAAGCACUCACGCUGGUACGACCGCCUCCUGGACGUCCUCCUCGGCGAAGACGAGACCCAGCCAAAGAACCGGAUUGUCCUCAUCUGCGGGACGUGUCGGCUUGUGAACGGACAGGCGCCGCCCGGCGUGAAAUCACUUGAAGAGCUCGGCCGCUGGCGGUGUGGAGGGUGUGGCGCGUGGAACGGGGAAGAGAGUGCGACGAAGAAAGUCCUAGCUGAUAUCAAGGCUGAGGCCGGGCCGGCGGUGGAAUCGGAUCCCGAGGCUGAAGGCGAUAUCGAGCACCGCUCUUCCGCGUCUACGGAUGACGGUGUGAUCGUUGCGAGGGAUGAGGAUGAGGAUGGAGAUGGCGAGCAGGAGCAGGGAAUUAUCGAGUCGCAGAGCUCGUCCGGGGCUGAGACGCCGAGUGGAGAGGUAGAUGUAGAGGAAGAAGAGCCGCAGAGUGCGCCGAGGACGAGAUCUCGGGUGCGGAGGCGCGGGCGGAAGGGGUGA